CGUCGCAGCUGUUUUCCGCCAAGCUUCACAUCCACUCUAUUCUCCGGCAAAAUUUUCUUGAAAAUCCUCUGCUUCUUGCAUUUUUUAACACUGUUAAUGGAAACCUCGUUAUUCAAAGCUUACUUUCGUUUAUAAUUUAUGUUCUUUAUACUUUAUUUAUGUUCAUUUCGUUGAAGGAGAACUCGAGGAAUUAGGUUUUUAAGUUCUUCGUGUCUGCUAUCUUCAUACACUGUUUGGGUUGGAAUGAGCUUGGCUAAAGGCAGGAGUGAAAAGUUGUUUUUCUUUUGAGUUAUGCAUUUUAACUCAAUUGUCUAGCAAGAAUUUUGCUGACCCAAAGGUGCAAAAUCGGAAAUGGUUUCUAUUUCUUCUUCGAAGAACCUCAUGUUACUGAGAAGAAUAGUAUGGAAAGCAUUUAGACAUCCGCCUCAAUCAUGUUAUUCAACACGACGGUCGUAUCUGUCCUCAUCUUUGUCUGCUGUGUAUAGUAAUGCUCGAGAACCUUCAAGCUAUGGAUCCAAAUUAUUUGUGUUUAAACCAUCUAAUAACAUCUGUUCCCACACUUCUCCACUCGAUAAGGGAUCUCAAGGUCCAACAACAACCGAUUACCAUUUGUUGCUGGAGGAAGAUGAGUAUCACAGGCUGGCCAAUUCUACCAUCCAUCACCUCCUUGAGAAGUUGGAGGAAUAUGGUGAUUUAAUAGACAUUGAUGGUUUUGAUGUUGACUAUGGGAAUGAAGUUCUCACGUUAAAGCUUGGAAGUUCGGGAACCUAUGUAAUCAACAAACAAACGCCUAAUAGGCAAAUAUGGUUGUCAUCGCCAGUGAGUGGUCCGUCAAGGUUUGAUUGGGACCAGAUAUCCGAAGCUUGGAUCUAUAGACGAACCAAAGAAACGUUGAUCAACGUCUUAGAGACUGAACUAGAAAAACUUUGUGGGGCGCCUAUCAAACUCAGUUGAGUUGCUGCAAAGAACAGACCUUUGUUUCUUCUUUAGGUCAAAAGACAUUCAGAGUUCCAUUUGUCUUAAAGUUCGGUUCGGUUGGGUUGUUCAAAAUCACAAGGGAGACAUUGUAUGUUUACUAUUUAUAGGGUUAAAACUUAAUCACUUAAUUUACCCUGCUACAAGACGUAUGUUAACCUCAUAGAAAGCCCGCUUAAACCAUUCGUUUUAUAAAUUUCACAUUCUUUU